AACGCCGCAUCGGCACGCAUUCGUUGCUGCGCUGGUUACCCGCUCUCUCGCCGCCGGCUCGCCGCCUCCCACCACUGGAUCGGGCAAAUCCGACAUCAGGGCCGCCGCUAGGCACUCCAUGGAUCGCCCCCGCCACAAGAGCUCGCCUAGCUCCGAGCGCUUCCUCGGCUCCUUCCUCCCCUCCGCGGCUGCCGGCGACCAGCACGGAUCGGCGGCCUUUGAGCUCGACGAGGACGACCUGUUCGCCUCCGGGGCCGGAUCCCCCGAGCGGCCGCAGCCGUCUCGCCGCCCUCUCAUCCUCUCCUCGGUCCGCGCCGCAAACCCUACCCCACUCCCCCGCCUCCGUCGCCCGCCGGAGGGCAUCCUCGAUGCCCUCCCCGAGCGCCGCCGCCCUCUCGCACCGCCUCCAUCGUCUUCGUCGAACUCGUCGUCCACCGCCUCCUCGGCGACGGUGGCUCCUCCACGCAUGAUCCCCACCAUCCCUCGUCCUGCGGCCGCGGCGGCAUCGGCGUUGGCACCGCACAUCCCGCAGUCUGCGCCGGUGAAUGUGCCGGCACCGCAGUUUAGGCGGUUAUCGGUGGAGGCACAGAUGGAUAAAGCUGAGGACGACGACGACGACGACGAGGAGAUGCUGCCGCCACACGAGAUGGUAGCACGAGCGCGGGCGCGGGAUUCACCGAUGACCACCUUCUCGGUGCUGGAGGGCGCCGGGCGCACGCUCAAGGGGAGGGACCUCCGCCAGGUACGCAAUGCCGUGUGGCGGAAGACCGGCUUUCUCGAUUGAUCCGUGCCUGCUGCAUUCAUCUAUAGCCUUCAGUUAGAUUUGAGUUAUUGGGUAUGCAUGCUUGAAUUUGUCUAUGUACAAUAUGGAUGAUCGGGUGUUAAUUUUAGCUGCACCUGUAAAAUAUGCCUGUUCUAUUACCCAUCACUGUUAAUUGUAAACCCUUGAUUGGAACUGUCAAUUCUUCAUCAUUGAAGUAUUGGACAUGGGAUCAAGAUGAAUUUAUGUUCUUAUGGUGGAUGCUUUUGAUCUGUGUUCACUUGCAUUCGGAUAUAUUGUU